AUGAGCUCCAGAGCUGUGAAUCCCAAGCACUUCUGUGUCUUAACUGCCUUGAUGAAUUUCUGGCCCUUCAAACUCAAACUCACUGCCAUUGACCCUGAGCAUGUCCCUCUUGUGCCUUUUCCCUCAGUGCAGGUAGGGAAGUACAACAAGACACUGGUAAGAGAGUUUAUUCUCCAAGGGUUCUCAGAGCACCCAGAACUGUGGCUGCUACUGUUUGGCUGCUUCUUCUCCCUCUACAUCAUAGCCCUCCUGGGAAACACUCUGAUCAUCACCAUCAUCAGCUACAGCUCUGGCCUCCACAGCCCCGUGUACUUUUUUCUGUUGAACAUGGUCACCAUGGAUAUCAUCUGCACUUCCUCUGUGCUGCCCAAGGUGCUGGCAGGCCUGGCCUGGGAGGGAAACACCAUCUCCUUCCAGGGGUGCAUGGCCCAGCUGUUCUUCCUCAUCUGGUUUCUAUCUUCUGAGCUGCUGCUGCUCACAGUCACGGCCUAUGACCAUUAUGUGGCCAUCUGCAAGCCACUGAAUUAUAAGACCCAAAUAAGUCUGCAGCUCUUCAUAGCUGUGACUGUGGCUGUCUGGGCCUUUGGUGCCCUGAACUCCUCCAUCCACAUUGGUUUGAUGGCACAGCUGUCCUUCUGCGGCCCCAAUGUCAUCACUCACUUCUUCUGUGAGAUCCCCCCACUUCUGCUGCUCUCCUGCAGUCUCACCUGUGUGAACAGCAUCAUGACCAUCUUGGCCAACUCCAACUAUGUAGGCAUCAACUUCCUUCUUAUUCUUUUGUCCUAUGGCUACAUCAUUGCCAGCAUCCUAUGCAUCUUCUCAGCUGAGGGGAAGUGAAAGUCCUUCUCCACCUGCUCCUCCCACCUCAUCGUGGUCUCUGUCUACCACUCAGCUGUGUUCUGUGCCUACAUCAGCCCAGCCUCCAGCUACAGCCCUGACAGAAGCAAACUUGCUGCAGUGCUUUGCACAACUGUGAGCUCCACCCUAAACCCACUCAUCUACACACUGAGGAACAAAGAGUUCAAGGCAGCCCUAGGGAAACUCUUCCACUUCUUUAGGCAUUAA